AAACGUGAUUUACUGAAACACAACAAACACGAUGGCGGCGACAGACGGAGAAAGAAACCACGAAACGGGAAAACUGGAGUUCUCUCUGGACGUCCCGUUCCCGUCGUCUCAUGAAGCCUCCAUCGCUCUUCGUUCUCUGUCUCCGGACCGGGAGCCGAGGAAAGGCGGCAUCAGCAAACAUCUGGCGGUGACCGGCAGCACGUUGUCUGUGAAGUGGAGCGCAGACGAAGCUCGAGUCCUCCGAGUGUCGGUGAACUCGUUUCUGGAUCACCUGACGCUCGUCAUGGAGACCAUGCAGAUGUUCAGCCCCCCCGUCACACAGUGAAGCCUCGUCACCUGAUUCAGGACUUCAUCCUCUGGAGGUUCAGGACUUCUUCACGUGGAACAAAGAGACCGGCGGUUUGAGUCUGGUUGGGUUUUCAUCAGAACUUUCUUUGUAUGAAACAGAUGUGGUUCAUCGUUCAUGGUCCCGUCAGGAUGAACUGUGAUCGACACGUCAGCCGGUUCAGCGUGACGUUCCUCGUCUGACCAGCAGAGGGCGCUGAGUGAUUAAAUACACUCACCAGCUGUUUGAGAGAAACACAAAAUGAAAAUGUGGAAUAAAAACAUGACAUUUAUUUGUUAACGUGGAGGUUGAAUAAUAAGUGAAAAGGAGAAGAAGCUCCACACGAUGUCCUCUGUUCACUUCUGUUUCAUAAAUCUAUGAAAUCAUUUACUAAAUUCAGACAUUUGACAGAAUAAUCCCGUCAGAGUUGAAGGAAAUCUGAACUGUUUCAUCUCAUCAAGUGGAAUAAAUCUGUAAAGUUCUACGUUA